GUGUUAAUACACGUAGGUUCAGCAGCAGUGUCAACUGUCGUUGCCCGCGUGUCUGUGAAGUUAUUGAACAUUUAUUAUAUUAUGGACCGAACUACAACUAGGUGACCAAGAUGCCGAUCCUACACAACGCGGACAGUCCCGUCUCUCACGUCACAGACUCCGUAGCUACGCGAUACUUGGUCGCUGUUCUGGGCUCUUGGGCGGCGGAAACAGCCACUUAUCCAUUCGACCUGACGAAAACAAGAAUUCAAAUACAAAGCGAAGUAGCGGCGGCUAAACAUGGCUUCAAGGUGGAAAAUUUAGGUAUGAUCAAGACGGCGGUGGGCAUAGCCAAGCAGGAGGGAGUACUCAAGCUAUGGACCGGGCUCAUGCCAAUGUACCACAGACACGCAAUCUAUUCCGGAUGCCGGCUCAUCUUCUACGAGCAGCUCAGAGACGUAUUCAAAGAUGAAAAGGGGAAAGUGUCCCUGGCAGCUGCAUCUUUAGGUGGUCUAUUAGCUGGAUCGCUGGCGCAGCUGAUCGCCUCGCCCACGGACUUGGUGAAAGUGCAGAUGCAGUCUGAAGGCCGCAGGGUGUUGCAGGGAAAACCUCUGAGGUUCAAGAACUGUAGGGAAGCGUACGCCAUGCUGUAUGCCGAGGGCGGGCUCAAAGGAUUCUGGAGAGGUGCCGUACCAAAUGUGCAGCGCGCCGCGCUAGUCAAUAUGGGCGACUUAGCAGCAUACGACUACUCGAAACAGUUUCUGAUGCGGGAAUUCGGUAUGGCGGACAACGCUCUUCUUCAUGCGGCCGCCGCCUUCUCCGCGGGCUUCGUGGCCGCGGUACUGGGCACCCCUGCUGACGUCAUGAAGACCCGCCUUAUGAAUCAACCCGUGGGGCCGGACGGGAGAGGCAAACUGUACCGCGGCAUGAUCGACUGUCUCCAGCAAUCAGUGAAGAAUGAAGGCUUCAUGUCAUUAUACAGAGGUUUCUUGCCUCUAUGGAUGCGGCUGGGUCCGUGGGCUCUCAUCAACUGGAUAGCUUUCGAGAACAUCAUGCUUGCUAUAGGUGGGAAAACCUUUUAGGUGGGUUGAGCUGGUCUUGUAUCUAUUUAUGGUAAAUCAACUUAAGAUAUUGUAUUUUAAUAACAGACAAUGGCUGUAAGGGCUCCGUUCCCUAUGCCUCUCCAGUUGAUUAAAACUGUAUAAAUUAUACCAAAAAGUAUAGCUAUGAUAAAAGUAUCUUUGUAGGUGAUUCUUGUCGGUGAACGUUCACAACUAAACCCUUUACUUACCAAAACUAAAGUCGAACAUAUUUUGAAACCUUAUAUGGUUAAGCCAUUCGAUCAACAAUUCUAUAGAUAACGGGUCAGCGAGUAAAAUCCGUUUCGGUAAAUAUAGCCUCACUUGAGGCGUGAGAUUUUAUUUUAAAUUAGUUCGGUUAAUACAAAACGAAGUAUAUAUAGUAAGUCAUAACGUUGAUUUCACAUUUUCCUUUUUUCACCUUUAUCGUCUUUUUCCCCCAAGUAUCAGA